ACUAACAUGGAGAAGGGCAAGGCCGCCAUGGAGAACAUGAAGAACAUGAAGAUGCCGCCUGGCAGCAAGGGCCCGGCCGCGGCGCUGGCCAAGGUGGCGGUGUUCACGGGCGCGGCCAUCUACGGCGCCUACCUGUCCAUCUACAACGUGCCGCCUGGACACCGCGCCGUGGUCUACAGCCGUAUCGACGGCGUGGGCCACCAGGUCAUCGAGCAGGGCACGCACUUCCUCAUCCCGUGGCUGCAGCGCCCCCUGAUCAUGGACGUGCGCACGCGCCCGCGCACCUACGCGUCACUCACGGGCACCAAGGACCUGCAGAUGAUCAACAUCUCGAUCCGUGUGCUGUCCAAGCCCGACCGCUCGCGUCUGCAGUGGCUCUACCAGAACCUCGGCCUCGACUUCGACGACAAGGUGCUGCCUUCGAUCGUGAACGAGGUGGCCAAGCAGGUGGUGGCCCAGUUCACGGCCGCCGAGCUGAUCUUCCAGCGUGACCACGUCAGCCGUCUCAUUAUCGAGAACCUGAAGCGUCGCGCUGACCGCUUCGCCAUCAUGCUGGAGGAUGUGUCUAUCAUCCACCUGACGUUCGGCGCCGAGUACACGGCCGCUAUUGAGGCCAAGCAGGUGGCCCAGCAGGACGCCGAGCGUGCCCGCUUCGUCGUGGAGCGCGCCAUCCAGGAGAAGAAGAGCACGGUCAUCCGCGCCCUCGGUGUGUCCAAGUCGGCCGAGCUCGUCGGCGAGGCCAUCAAGAACAACCCGGCCUUCGUGCAGCUGCGUCGCCUGGACGCCGCCAAGGAGAUCGCCACGGUCAUCUCGCGCUCGGCCAACAAGGUCUACCUGAACUCGGACUCGCUGCUGCUCAACAUCCUGCACGACACCCAGCAGUCGUACGGCAAGAAGAAAUAAGUUGGCGAAGCGGGUCGACGACGGUGUGGGAGGUCAGCGGCGUGGCCGGUCUCUUUAGGAUGCGGCAGUAGUUCCUCGGUACGAUGGCAGGGUUAAAGUCGAUAAACUAAGGAUCUGGCCGUAGAUCGGCG